UAAUAUAUGAUAAAAAAAAUAAAAUAGUUAUGCAUGUGUAUGUAUGAAAAAAAUAUGUUAACAUGUAUGUAAAAACUUUGUUAGAAGAUCUAGUGUAGUCUUGUAUAUUCUUUCGUCUGAAUUGCAGGCACGUAGAGUGAUCACACAUUAUUCGCUCAUAGAAAAUUAUUGCAAGAGGUAUUUAUAAAAAUAACAAGAUGGCAGCUGAACAAAAAAAGGCACCUAUUAUGAAAAAUGAAAAUGACUACAUUAAAAAUAUGGACGGAUUUAUUAAGCCCGAAAGCGAUCAAGUUAUUUUGUUGUUCGAUUAUGACGGUACAUUGGCACCUCUAACGCAAGAUUUGUCCGUAAUGCCGAAAGAUAAUGAACUAAACUUAAAAAAAUUAGCAAAAAAUGAGAAAAUUUUUAUGGUAAUUUUUUCCGGUCGCUCAUUAGAAGAAAUAAAAAAUCAUUUGAAAUAUGAAAAUGUUACAUAUGCUGGCAAUCAUGGUUUGGAAGUUGAAUACCCAGAUAAAAAGAAAUUUAAGAUUGAAAUGCCACAAGAAUUGUUAGACAAACAUGCUAAAUUGGUUGAAGAAUUAAAAGAAAAGUGUGUGUUGAGCGGUGCCUGGGUUGAAGAUAAAAAAAUAUCUGUAUCUUAUCACUAUAAAGGUGUCACAGAAAAGCUAAAAACAAAGUUAGUUGAGGAUGCUAAAGCUUUAAUCAAACAGCAUGGAUUCCAACUUAUUGAAACUCCACAUGCACUGGAAGGAAAACCAAGAGUAAAUUGGGACAAAGAAAUAAGACCCAUGAAUAUGAGAAAAAGAAGAAGAAUUUAUGAAUCGAAAGAAAAAAGCAAUUUGAGCAGUAUCAAUUCAACAUCUCUACAAACUAAGAAGAGAAUUAGAAUUUUUGAAUUAGUUGAUGUAACGACUGACGAAAGCGUUGUUACUUAUUUUCGAUCACAUUAUGAAAAUAAUUAUCAGAAGGUUUUCAAAGCAAAGACAAUAGGAAAUGACUUACGUGGAAAAAUAAAAGGAUCUUGCAGAAAGAGUGAUGAGACACUAGUGGAUGUCGCAAAAGAUCAUAUAAAAAGUUUUCCACACUAUGAAAGUUAUUACACGCGUUCUAAUAAUCCAAACAGAAAAUACCUGAGCUCUGAUUUAAACUUAAGAAAAAUGUUUAACUUGUGUGUUGAAAAAAAGGACCGACAUGGACUUCUUUUGCAGGGACACACAUCAAAGGAAGGUGGGGUAUUAAUCGCCGUUAAAAACUCGUUAUCAGCUAGUAAUAUUGACAUGAGGAACCAUUUUUGA